AUGAACGGAAGAGUGGAUUAUUUGGUCACUGAGGAAGAGAUCAAUCUUACCCGAGGACCCUCAGGGCUGGGCUUCAACAUCGUCGGUGGGACAGAUCAGCAGUAUGUCUCCAACGACAGUGGCAUCUACGUCAGCCGCAUCAAAGAGGAUGGGGCUGCGGCCCUGGAUGGGCGGCUCCAGGAGGGUGAUAAGAUCCUCUCGAUAAAUGGCCAAGACCUAAAGAACCUGCUGCACCAGGAUGCUGUGAACCUCUUCCGUAAUGCAGGCUAUGCUGUAUCCCUGAAAGUACAGCACAGGUUACAGGUGCAAAAUGGCCCCCUAGGACAUCGAGGCGAAGGGGAGCCGAGCGGUAUUCCCAUGCCUGUGGUGCUGGUGCCACUGUUUGCCCUCACCAUGCUGGGAGCCUGGGCCUUGAUGAGAUACCGGCAAUAA